GGACUUUUCAGGAUUAACCAGUACAGGUCCAGUAAGAGUAAGGUGCCAAAAGAGAGAGAUUGAUUGAGAGCAGGUGAAAAUUUUGACGUGACCUUUCAAGUCAUCCAUUUUCAGACUGUCUUCUUCCUCUUCCUCUCUAAUGCAUGGGCCCCUCUUUUGUUCCCUUUGGCUUCCUAUAUAUCCUCCCUUGCUCUUCCAUAUGCUUCCCAUAGCCUCCUUCUUUUUUCAUACAGGUCUUUUUACAAGCUCCUCGUAGGCAUCCCAACAAGAAAGAACCAUAACUUAACAUGUCGGCUGCUGUUGCUGCGGCGGCGGCGGCGGCCUCGGCCUCUCUCAGUCGGUGCAGCGGCUCAACGAACAGCACUUCUUCGGGGACCACCCAGAGAGCCCACCACGAGGCGUUGAUCGCACCAUCUCCGCCGAUGCUGAGCCGGUACGAGUCCCAGAAGCGGCGGGACUGGAACACGUUUGUGCAGUACCUGAAGAACCACCGCCCGCCCUUGACUCUCUCCCGUUGCAGCGGCGCCCAUGUUCUGGAGUUUCUCCGGUACCUGGACCAAUUCGGGAAGACGAAGGUCCACGCUGACCUCUGCCCGUUCUUCGGGCACCCUCACCCGCCAGCACCCUGCCCUUGCCCGCUGCGACAAGCAUGGGGCAGCCUUGACGCUCUCAUCGGCCGCCUCCGCGCAGCCUUCGAAGAAAACGGCGGGAAGCCGGAGACCAACCCGUUUGGCGCGCGUGCCGUGAGGCUGUACCUUAGGGAAGUGAGGGACGCUCAGGCAAAGGCGAGAGGGAUUGCGUAUGAGAAAAGGAAGCGUAGGAAGCCACAAGUACUGGAGACCGUUAAUGGCGGCUUGGGUCAUGUAGAGAUGUCGGACUCAAAUGGGGUUGUAGUUGUGACGGCCGUCGGAGGUUCAUCGGAUUCCAGAAGCUCGUUGAUGCAGCUAUCUGUGCUGAACUAAUAUGUGAAAGGAUGUCGUGGGGGGGGUGGGGUUUUAAUUAAUUAGUGUAAUGUGCGUGGGCAUGAAUUAAUUUUAUCUUUUUAUUAUGCUAUUUAUUAUUUUCGAUAGAUUUCCUCCGUGGAAGAAUCAAGAAGCUCUGGAAAUGGGAAGAUAUUCCCACCACAGAAAAGAAAAAGGAAAGAAAUAUGGUGGAGAAGAGUGGGGGGUGGGGGCGGGGAUGUUUGGUUUGGCAUGGAGGGGCUUGAAUGGUCACAUCAAAUCAUUUUAACCAGAAUUAGCUGAGCACAAAGAUGAUGCCCAACAGCAUGCCUUUGUUUUGCGUGGGGUCGAAAUCAUCUUUAGGGAAAAUAAAUAAAAUCGGGUACUGUCCUUUAUUUCAAUUUAA